GCUGCCUCGGCCCCUGCCGCCGUCGUUGCGGCACCCGCCCCGAUGCCGGCCGAACUCACACAGGAACAAAGUCCAGGCAAUCAGACGUCCCUGGCAAUGAUGCAGGAGCCCCAGGAGAUGGUCGAGGAGACGGUGACGGUGGAGGAAGACCCAGGCACACCCACGUCCCACGUGUCCAUCGUCACGUCUGAGGAUGGGACCACCCGGAGGACAGAGACCAAGGUCACCAAGAUGGUGAAGACGGUGACCACGAGGACAGUGCGCCAGGUUCCCCUGGGGCCCGAUGGGCUCCCGGUCCUGGACGGCUCAUCCCCCCUGGGCAGCUACACGGACUCCAUCGACCGGCGAUACCUGAAGAACGGCGAACGCUACCUCCCGCCGCAGGCCUCCUCGACCCUGACCCGUUCCUACAACAGCUACGGGGAGGGCCCUGACGGGCCCUACCGCUCCUUCCACACCCAUGACGCCAGCGGUGGCUACGGGGGCGCCGAGCUACCUGAUGGCUACGGCAGCCUGUCCCGCGGCAUCGGCUACCGGCCCCGCUACGCCUACGUCCCCGGAAACACCUACCGGCCCGAGGAUGGCAGCUACACCCUGCCGAGCCGGAGGGAGGCCUACGGGCCACCCGGCGCCCAGCCCCAGGUGCCCCCCGUGGGCAGUGGCCCAGACCUCACCGUGAGUAGCCGCUCCCAGCCCGAGAGGUUCCAGCCUGAGCCUUACGGGCUCGAGGAUGACAACAGGAGCCUGGGGGUGGACGACGAAGGCUAUGAACUGGACCCAGACUACUCCACCGUGAACCGGCGGCUGCCCGUGGGGGUCCCCGAGAGGAGCCGGCCUCACAAGGGCAGAGCCUACGAUGAGCCAUCGGAGAGCGAGAUGAUUGAUGAGCGGAUCCCCUACAUCCACGGGGGCUAUGCCGCCCCGCUGGCCCAACCUGAGAGGGGCAGCAUGGCCAGCAUCGACCGCCUGGGCAAGAGGUCGCCCUCCAUUGACAGCAUCCGCAAGGACCCUCGGUGGCGGGACCCAGACCUGCCAGAGGUGAUUGCCAUGCUCAGCCACCCCAUUGACCCCGUCAAGUCCAACGCGGCCGCCUACCUGCAGCAUCUGUGCUACGAGAAUGACAAGAUCAAGAAGGAUGUGCGCCACCUGAAGGGCAUCGCCAUCCUGGUGGGGCUGCUGGACCACCCCAAGGCGGAGGUGCACCGGCGGGCCUGCGGGGCCCUGCGCAACAUCUCCUACGGCCGGGACCACGAGAACAAGGUGGCCAUCAAGGGCUGCGACGGCAUCCCCGCCCUCAUCCGGCUCCUGCGCAAGACCAGUGACAUGGAGGUGCGGGAGCUCAUCACUGGCACACUGUGGAACUUGUCUUCCUAUGAACCGCUCAAGAUGGUCAUCAUCAACCAUGGCCUGCAGACCCUGACCAAUGAGGUGAUUGUCCCCCACUCGGGCUGGGAGAGCGAGCCCAAUGAGGACUCAAAGCCACGGGACGCCGAGUGGACCACCGUGUUCAAGAACACGUCGGGAUGCCUCAGGAACGUGAGCUCAGAUGGAGCAGAAGCGCGCCGGCGGCUUCGGGAAUGUGACGGGCUGGUGGACGCCCUCCUUCACGCUCUGCAGUCGGCCAUCGGCAAGAAAGACACGGACAACAAGUCGGUGGAAAACUGCGUGUGCAUCAUGCGUAACCUGUCCUACCACGUGCACAAGGAGGUCCCAGGUGCUGACAAGUACCAGGAGCCCGAGGCCAGCCAGGCGGCCAGCACGGGGGCCCUGCCCCGGAGGAAGAAAGAUGAUGCUAGCUGUUUUGGGAGCAAGAAAGCCAAAGGAAAAAAGAAUGGGGGCAUGGACAGGAACUUUGAUACCCUUGACUUACCCAAGAGAUCUGAGUCGGCCAAAGGCUUCGAACUGCUCUACCAGCCCGAGGUGGUGCGUCUCUACCUCUCCAUCCUCACUGAGAGCCAGAACUUCAACACCCUGGAGGCCGCGGCUGGGGCUCUGCAGAACCUUAGUGCUGGCACCUGGAUGCAGACCACGAGGGAGAAAGAGCCCCCUCAUUCCUGGGGCAUCCUAUCCAAAGCCACCCUGCCCCAAGGGGCCCUCCAGCCUGGCUCAGGAGUCUUCUCUCCAGGAACCCCGGGUGAUCUCACCCGGGCAGGCCCUUGUAUGAGAUGCACAUUUAUGGACCGUGUGUGCGUGGGUCCUCUCACAGGGCCCCUGAGGCCUGGCCUGGUGGUGUGGGUCCCCACGUGGGCUUCUGUGUGUGUGGACCCAUAUUACAGGGGACGGAGCUACGCCAUGGCCGAGCUGGUCCGCAAUCUGCCAAGCCGGCAGCAGCGAACAGCCAAGAACCUCGAGGAGGACACCGUGGUCGCCGUCCUCAACACCAUCCAUGAGAUCAUCACAGACAGCGCCGAGAAUGCCCGCUCCCUGGUGCAGACCCAGGGCAUUCAGAAGCUGGUGGGCAUCAGCAAGUCGAGCCAGUCCAUGCGAGAGAUGAAGGCGGCAUCCCACGUCCUCCAGAUGGUCUGGAGUUACAAGGAGCUCCGGGGGGCCCUGCAGAAGGACGGCUGGAAUAAAUCUCAUUUCCAGUCGGCGGUGUCUAGCACUCCCAAGGGAUCCAAAGGGACUCCAGGCAAGGCUGGCUAUGACGACAGCACCCUGCCUUUGGUGGAAAAGACCCAUGAUAACGAGAGGUGCGGCAGCCGCGAUAUGAUCCCAAUGGAUGAACUCGGCCCAGAUGGCUACUCCACCAUCGACCACCGGGAACGGAAAUACCGAGCUGGGGACCCCUCGGGCGACGCCUCUGAGAAGGAGCCUUUGAAAACAGACCCGGCUAGAAAGCCCCCCCACAGGAGUAACCGGGCUUCAGUGAAUCUGGUGGACGGCCGGGACCCUAAGCCACCGCCCGUUGACUCCUGGGUCUAACUUGCAUGCCUGGUACGUUCUGUUCUGCUCUGCUCUGCUGGGGCCCGAGGCUCCUAAUUAACCCUGUGUGGGGCUGCAUGCUUGGCCCUCCCUCAUCUCUGGGGUGUCCCAGCCCUCCCCCCUUCUGGUCCAAACCGGGCCUGAGCCUGGGCUCAUGACAGAGGGACAGGUUCCUCAGAGGGGUCACAGAGGGAGCAGGGUGCCCACCUCUGGCACCAGUGAUGGGUCUGGGGGCCACAGAGAGAUGUGUUCUACAUGGAUUAUCUCCAGUUGCCUGAAAGGGGGAAGGGGAGUGUCCUUGCCCCUCUCCCAUUGCCAACCCCCCCUGUAGGAAGUCUGAAAGGAAGCAAGUUAGGCAGUGGUUGGUGCCCUGGGUGGGAUCUGAGGCUGAAACCCCCUGCCCCCAGCAUUCAGUCUGAUUCUUCCCUCCCCGAUGGGAUCUGACCAAUGGCCCUCCUCACUGUUGGGCACAGAGCCACUUGACCUGGGACAUGGGUGUCUCAUCCCCCUUUGUUCAAGUACUUGGGGAUUCUCGAGGAAGCCCUGCCCCCAAACUAGCCUGCCUGGCUGACCUAUCCUGGCAGAGACAGGCACAAGCUGCCACACCUGGCCCAGAAUCUCGGGCAUCCAGGCUCACCCCCUUCUCUGUCGCAUCUCCAGCGCGUGGGCCCUCCACCCUGCUUGAGAGCCACUAGGGUCCCGUGGCAGCCCAAGCCGUACUUCCUGCGGGGGUGACCUGGAUAAGACUCCCCUCGUCCUUCUCAGGACCCUGAGCCCCUGCCCCCCACCAAGUCCUCCCUGACCCCUCCUUAUGCCCCCAGAGACUCUGCCUCCCAAAGCCCCUGCCUGGGGAGCCCACAGUGAACAGGCUUGGUGGGCAGUCCUAGCCACAGGCCCUGUGGCUGCUUUCCAAAUGCCAGCCCAAGCUGGGAGAGGCUCACUGCCAUCAAUCUGCCCUCUAAGUGGGGAGGUCCUUGGGAGUGGCCUGCCAUCGUUCCGGCUCCACAGUGACGGUGCCAGAGGUCCCAAAGCACGGGACCAGAGUCUGGGAGAAAGCAGGGCUCAGUAUCAAAGCACUGGAUUUGGAGGCAGGGCAUACCUGGGUUCAAAACCCGACCCUCCUGCUUUCUGCCACUGUAGCACUACUCUGAGCCUCAGUUUCCUCCUUUGUAAAAUCAAGAGGCUGGACUAGCUGACCUCUGGGGCCCCCUCCAGUUCUGGCUCUGUGAUGAGUGAGUCCCACGACGGACAGUCAUUUAACUACUGGCACUUUGGGCGUGAGGUCUGUGGUCAGUGGUCAGCGGCCAGCUAGGUGACAUUGUGGGACACCGAAAGAUGGGGUCCUCUCUUUGGCCCCUGGCCCCGCUGGGAUCCUCUGCGAAUAAAACCUCCGCAGGAAGCUGAGGACCAGGCCUUCCUUGGAGAGGCGAGAGAACGAGGCUGGCCGAACUGGCAUCUCGGUGGGCCUGUCGUGGCAUCGGGUAUCACUGGCCACGGAAGAAAGGAAGCAAGAAUUUAUCAAGCACCU